ACAAAAAAACAAACAGUAUCUUAGAAUGGAUAAACUCCCUGAAGUGCCGAUCAUAGGAGGAGAGUGGCCGCUGUUUAGGCGAGACUUAUUAAGGUCCUAAUUGUAUUGUUGUAGUCGCUAUAUGUGCUGUGAAUAAAAUGGUUAGCCUUAUCGGUGUGCACAGGACAAUCAGCAGUUGCCUCCAACUUGCCGAUUCUUGAACUCAAAACUUCCAGCAACUUACCCUUGGUCCCAGACUUAAUCGCUGGAUGAAGAAAAGGUUGUGUAUCUCUUAAUGCCAAUGGUGUUGUUUUAUCAUCUCCAUUAGCAAAUAUGAAUGACCUAGAUGAUAACAUCGAAUCCAUAAUGUCCGAAUCAUUGCCAGAACCUAAAAUAAAGAGGGUUGGAUCUCUAGUGUCUGAGUCGAACGCACAAGGAUCCAUAAUGUCCAAAUUAUUGUCCAAAUCAUUGUCCAAAUCAGCUAAGCCGCUCAUGAACCGUGAUCUGGCUGCGGUCAAGAUGCAGAAAAUAUAUAGAAGUUUUAGAACCAGAAGAAACCUAGCUGACAGUGCAGUUAUGGUUGAGCAAGGGGAGAAGCUGAUGGAUUUUGAGCAGCUGAAAUCCAGCUCAGUAUCAUCAUCCUUUGAAGUUGGGAAACCAGAAACUGCUGUUUCACGUUGGUCAAGAGCAAGAACCCAAGCUGCAAAGGUGGGAAAAGGUUUGUCAAAAAAUGAAAAGGCUAGUAAACUUGCCUUACAACAUUGGCUUGAGGCAAUUGAUCCUAGACAUCGCUAUGGUCAUAAUCUUCACUAUUAUUAUACCAAAUGGCUUCUUUCUGAGAGUACACAACCCUUCUUCUAUUGGCUCGAUGUAGGGGAAGGGAAAGAGGUGAAUCUUGAUAUAUGCCCAAGAACAAAGCUUCUUCAGCAAUGCAUCAUAUAUCUUGGCCCUAAAGAAAGGGAGGCAUAUGAAGUUAUAGUGGAAGACGGGAAGUUCAUGUACAAACUGAGUAAGACUGUGAUUGAUACAACAGGUGGACCAGAACACACCAAGUGGAUAUUUGUGCUUAGCCCAUCAAUGGUUUUAUAUAUCGGGCAGAAACAAAAAGGUAGAUUUGUACAUUCAAGCUUUCUAGCCGGUGGAGCUACAAUAUCUGCCGGUCGAUUGGUGAUUAGAGACGGUAUUUUAGAGGCUGUUUGGCCUUUUAGCGGACAUUACCUCCCGACGGAAGAAAACUUUGAUGCUUUCAUGUCGUUCCUUGAGCAACACCAUAUCGAUCUCCAUGCCGUCAAGAGAUACACUCUUGAAGAUAUAUUAUCCGCCACCAACAACUUCUCUCAUGAAAAUCUGAUAAUGGAAGGCCCAUUAGGAAAGGUGUACCUCUCACAUGUUAAGAAUUUGAUCAUACAAAGGUUAGAUUUUAAGCAUGGGCAAGGAGACGAGCUACAAACAGAAAUUUCAACAAUUAAGAGUCUCAAUCAUAAAAAUAUCGCCUCUAUUUCCGGGUAUUGUGAUGAGAAUAAUGAAAAGAUCAUCAUUCACAAAGCAUUUCACGGAACUCUUUGUCAACGUCUAAGUGAUCCAACUCUCACAUGGUCCCGAAGACUUCAAAUAUGUUUAGGUGUUGCUCGUGGGUUGAAUUACAUCCAUUAUGAUGUCAUACAUUGUGACGUCAAUAGCUCUAAAAUUAUUUUAGAUCAUGAUUGGGAACCCAAGAUAUUUGGUUUCGAACUUUCCACAACAUAUCCUCGAAGUUUGAGGCAUCGUCUUCUCUUCUCUCGCUACUUUGGCACCAACAAUUUGACGCCCAAAUAUGAUGUCUACUCUUUUGGUGUGUUAUUGCUUGAAGUUCUUUGUGGGAGGAAACGCGUGUUCACAAACGACGGUGUUGAGGAAGAACUAGAAGAGAUCAUUGACCCUAAUUUAAGGAAACAAAUGGACACACAAACGAUGGCACUUUUCACAAACAUAGCUUAUAAAUGCUUGAAGCGAGAGUAUGUGCAACGCCCUACUAUGGAUCAAAUUGUCAAAGAACUUGAGGAGGUGUUGCAACUUCAAUGGGAACUUCAAUGGGAAUAUGCUGAUCUUAAAGAACAUUUAGUAACUGAUGCUGCAGAUGAAGGUAUAUUAUCCGACAUCUUGAAGAUCCCACUAAGAGACAUAAGGCAGGCCACAAAUGGUUUCAAUAAAGCAUGUUUUGUUGGGUCUGGAGGAUAUGCUGAUGUGUACAGAGCAAAACUUGACUUUUUAAAUAUCGAAGCUUUGUCAUCAAUGGAUGAGAAGAGUAAAGAUGAACUGCCCAAGAUAAGCAAAACUGUAGCUAUAAAACGCAUUUCUAGUAGAGUAGAUGAGCAAGGUAAACAAACCUUUUUAACGGAACUUAAACUGCUUUCUCGUUGUAAGCAUCCAAAUAUAGUCUCUCUUCUCGGCUUUUCUCGCGAGUCUGGUGAAAUGAUUCUUGUUUACGAGUACGCUUUUAAAGGCAGUCUAGGUGAUUAUCUAGUAAGCAGUGAUAAAACCAGUGUUGUUCUUCCUUGGGCGCAAAGAAUACAAAUUUGCCUUGAUAUUGCGCAUGGAAUUAGUUACCUUCACACUGACAUGGAGGGAAAACCAAGGAUAAUACACCGAGAUAUAAAGAGUGAUAACAUUUUAUUAGAUGAAAAUAUGAACGCGAAGCUUGCUGACUUUGGGCUCUCCAAAUCCCAUCCUACGAAUCAACAACCUAGCACUAUCUAUUCAAAGAAUAUUGCAGGGACAACAUUAUACAUGGACCCAGAAUAUACAACUACCGGUAAGUACAAAAGAGAAUCGGAUAUUUAUUCCUUUGGAGUAGUUUUAUUUGAGGUCCUAUCUGGGAAAGUGGCGUAUGAUUCAACUUACACCGAUGAAGAUGACUUGGGACUUGCACCCAUUGCAAGGAGACGAUUCAACGAGGGGACAAUAAAGGAAUUUAUUGAUCCUAAAUUAAUUGAAGAUGACGAUGAUCACAUUUUUACUUUAAAUAAAGGACCCAAUCAAGAUUCUUUCCAUGCAUUUUCGAAAAUCGCAUAUCAGUGUUUAGCAGAAACUCAAGCCAAACGUCCAACAAUCAACGUCGUCAUUAAAGAACUUCAGCUUGCAUUAAAACUUCAAGGGACAACCGUGGUACUCUCAAGGUCUCGACUCAGUGAUAUAGUGUUGGCUACCGAGAACUUUGCUGAAAAAUACUGCAUCGGUUUAGACGCAAUUGGGACGGUGUACAAAGCUGAACUCGAUCAUUUUAACAACAAUAAUUUGUUGGCAGCAGAAGGUAAGAAUAACAGUGAGUCAUCCAAGAAACGCAUUACCGUAGCUAUAAAACGCAUCACCAGCCAAGGAAAACAAGAAUUCUUUGAAGAGAUUGAAAUGUGUACUAGUUAUCAACAUCCCAACAUAGUCCCUCUUAUUGGCUUUUGUGAUGAAGGUGAUGAAAUGAUACUUAUCUAUGAGCAUGUUUCUGAGAGAAGCCUCAACGACUAUUUGAAAAGCAUUGAUAAAAUGGGUACUUUUACAUGGAUCCGCCGGCUACACAUGUGCCUUGAGAUUGCACGUGGACUUGAUCACCUUCACACAAAGAUGGUCAACCCACAAAGGAUAAUACACAUUGACAUAAAGAGUGGCAACAUUCUGUUAGACGAGAACUUGGGGCCGAAAAUUGCUUACUUUGUAAUCUCAAAGUUACGUCCUGCAACAAAUAUAGAAAUAAGCAUGAAAGUGUAUGAGGAUCGAGAACAUGAAACAGCACUGGAAAGGAAUUCUGAUAUAACUCGUUUGGAGUUGUGCUUUUUGAAAUCUUUUGUGGGAGGGUGGCAUAUGAUCCAGUUUACAUAGAAAAAAAUAACAAAGGGCUUGCACCCAUUGCAUGCCAAUGUUUCAAUGAUGGAACCAUACAGAGUAUAAUGGAUCCGACGCUAAAAGAAGCCGCCGAUGAAGACAUUUCUACUUCAAAUAGAGGACCCAAUCAAGAUUCUUUAGACACAUUUUUAAAAAUUGCAUAUCAGUGUGUGGGAGAGGCUGCCAAGCGUCCUACUAUGGAUAUAGUGAUCAAGGAACUUGAGAGAGCAAUCAACUUUCAUGACCCCAAGCACGUGGAAUAUAGUUGAUGUGAUAUGCGUGUAUCAUGUCACAUUUUUGGGAAGUUGGUGGUGAAUGCCGGUUGCAACAAAUAAUUCACUCUGCUCCAACUGGAUGAUGUGGUACGGGCGUAUAUGUAAAUAGUCGGGGAUAUGAGAAUUCAUAAGACUGGAAACAGUCACUACUGGCAAAAACACAAGGUUCUGCCAUGUAUUUAUACCAUAUACAUACCAAUACUAACCCAAGUCAAACUAUA